CUUGAUCGGAACAUAAUACGCGAAAUAAAAGAAAUUAGAAGAAAUAUAUUUUAGAAGAAAUAUAAUUUCUUCGAAGUCGGAUUUCUUCGAAGUCAGAUUAAUGUCUGGAAACUCACAAUUCGUUCGUUCAUUGAAUAAUUUUUCAAGAUACUUUAUAAUACAUUUUUUUGACGUGCAUGGCGAUCGUGAUAUUUUAAAUAUAACGGCUUUUAAGUUUUUGGAUUUAUUUGUCAAAAUCCACUUGUAACGUGGAAAACUUCUUUUAGUUAUUGAGUGAUAGUGCGUGUUUAAAAAAAAUCUGAACAAAAAUGGUGAAAUUUUUGGAAGCCUCCUUUUGCUUUAUGGCGUGUAUUUUAGUAGCCGUUAAUGGAAUGGAGACUUCUGAAGUUGGUUUAUCUCUGGAAGAAGGAGCAAGUUGUGAAACAAGAGACGGUGAACCAGGAGUUUGUAAAUUACUAAUAUCUUGCACAGAAUAUUAUGAAGGAUUAAAAAACAAAACAUUGGAUUACGAUUUUAUGAUUCGUUGUUCAUUUAUUGAUGUGGAUGAAGUUAUUUGCUGUCCAUCUUUCAAUGACAAUCCAUCCAAACUUUCUAAAUUACUAACCGAUGAAAUUGCAACAGGAGAAUCUAGACAGACAAAUGUGACAGAGGAGGCACGAUUCAGCGGAAAUGAGAGACCAUCAGUGGCAGCUUGUCGAAAAUACAGUUCCGAAAAACUUGUUAAUCACAUCGUGGAUGGUCUCCCCGUUCUAGCUGGUGAAUAUCCCCAUAUGGGUGGUUUAAUCUAUCCUUUUGGUGAUGAUAUUAACCAUCGAUGUUCGUCAUCCUUGAUAUCUGAGCGAUAUUUACUAACAGCUGCGCAUUGUGUUACUCGUCCAGACUCGGUGCCAACAUUUGUUCGAUUAGGUGUGGUUAUAUGGAAUAUCACCGCAGAUGACGAAGAUAGUGAUGGACUGACACCAGUUGAUAUUCCAAUUGAGAGCAUAACAGUUCACCGACUAUACAGCAGACGCACUCAGCACCAUGAUAUCGCUCUAAUUAGACUGAACCAGGAUGUUAAAAUCAGUGCUUUUGUGCAACCUGCAUGCCUUUACACGGACACCAAGGAUAUUGAUUCGAAUACUCCUCUAGUGGUUAUUGGAUGGGGUGUUACAAAUGUUCAAACUCGAUUGCCGUCGCAUGUUCUUCUACAAGCUAAUGUGACAACAGUUCCAUUAAAAGAAUGCAAUUCUAAACACGCUGAUUAUGAUCCAACUGAUAGUUCCUAUAGCGUUGGGCUAAACGAAGGUCAAUAUUGUGCAUCUGAUCCAUCAAAAUUAAAUAAAAAGGAUGCUUGUGAGUCAGAUUCUGGUGGUCCACUUCAAUUGGUUAAUAAUAAUGGAGAUUCGACAAUAGUUGGAGUUGUUUCAUAUGGAAUUUCAUUAUCCCUGGAAGAAGGAGAUAGUUGUGAAACAAAAGCCGGUGAACCAGGAGUUUGUAGAUUACUAACCUCAUGCGGCGUUUACUAUGAAGGAUUAAAAAACAAAACAAUGGAAUAUGAGUCUAUGAUUCGUUGUUCAUUUAUUGAUUUAGAUGAAGUUAUUUGCUGUCCACUCAAUGACAAUCCAUCUAAACUUAUUCAGUUAUUAACAGGAGAAGUUGGAACAAAUACUCCCAGAGGAACAAGACAACCUGCUGAGACAGUGCCUACACGAAUCAGUGGAAAUGAUAGACCAUCAGUGGCAGCUUGUAAAAGAUAUAGUGGCACAAAACUUGGUUUCCACAUCUUGGAUGGUCUACCAGUGGCACCUGGUGAAUAUCCUCAUAUGGGAGGUUUAGUCUAUCCUUUGGGUGGUGGUGCUAGUGGCUUUGACUAUCGAUGUGCAUCAUCUUUGAUAUCAGAGCGAUAUGUUCUAACUGCUGCACAUUGUGUUAAUGAUCCACUUGCAUUGCCAACAUUUGUUCGAUUAGGUGUGGUUGUAUGGAAUGCCACCGAAGAUGAUGAAGAUAGUGAUGGUAUCCUUCCAGUUGAUAUUCCAAUUGAGAACAUAACAAUUCACAGACUGUACAAUCCACGAAUUCGUCACCAUGAUAUAGCACUAAUUAGACUCAACCAGGAUGUCGAAUUCUCUUCUUUUGUGCGUCCAGCAUGUCUUCACCAGGACACUCAGGAUCUCGAUUCAAAUACUCGACUAGUGGUUUGUGGAUGGGGAGUUACAGAUGUUCAAACUCGACAGCGGUCAGGAAUUCUCUUACAAACUAAUGUUACCACAGUACCAAUGAAGGAAUGCAAUUCUACUCACCUUGCUUUUCAUUUACCAACUAGUUCUUACAGAGUCGGACUUAAUAACGGGCAAUAUUGUGCAUUUGAUCCAGAAUUUAAAAAGGAUGCCUGUGAAUCAGAUUCUGGUGGUCCACUUCAAUUGGUUAAUAAUGGAGAUUCGACAAUAGUUGGAGUUAUUUCAUAUGGAUUUUCAUGUGCAACAAAUAUACCAGCAGUUUAUGCUAGAGUGGCACAUUAUUUAGAUUGGAUUGAAAGUAUUGUUUGGCCAUCAGCGUUUGUGUUUGGUGGUAGUAGAAUUGAUGUUAUUUGUGUAUCCGAAACAUGGUUUAAAGACACCCACAAUGAUGCAAUCUGUAAACUAGAAGGAUAUAAAGUCUUUCGCUCGGAUAGACAUGGUCGAAAUGGAGGUGGUGUUGCAGUAUAUGUGCGCCAUAGCAUUCCAUGCAAACUUAGAUGUAUCUCAGAAGCUGGAAGUGAAAUCGAAUAUGUUUUCGUAGAUAUUGGGUAUGGUGAAAACAAACUUCUCGUAGGAGCUGUAUAUAGACCAAAUAAAUACAUUAGUCUUGGUCCAUUUCUAAAAUUUAUGGAAGAGAUAUCUGUUCUAUCAUCACAGAUUUUAAUAAGUGGUGAUUUUAAUAAUUCUGGUGAUCUGCAAUUGGUUAGCAAUGCAGAUUCGUCAAUUGUUGGAAUUGGUUCAUAUAUGGACAAUGUCCAUUGGACAUGGAUGUUAAAAAUGACCUUGAUGGAUAAAAAGUCUGUUUUCAAGUCUUCGACAAUGACAAUGAAAUUCUUGGUACUGUGGUUGAGUGUGUUGAUGGCGGUGGCGACGACGACGAGGGUCAAUGCAUGGGAAUAUGAUAGUGACACUGUUACAGUUGAAUCCUUACCAGAGGGAGAUAAAUGUCAAAUAAAAACUGGUGAAACAGGUGUCUGCAGACGAUUAACAUCCUGUGGUGUAUAUUAUGAGGGUCUCAAACGAAAAACAAUAAAAUACAAUUUCCUAGUUCGUUGUUCCUUUAUUGAUUCAGAAGAAGUUAUUUGCUGUCCACUUGAAGGUCCACCACCAACUCCUCAACCAACAACAAUCCAAACACCAGUAGGCUUGGUAGAAUUUAUAACUUCAAAACCAAGACCAGCAGGAACAACAACAACGACAACAAUAAACGUCGGUCAUUUGACUUUGAGAGAAAACGAGCCAUUCUAUGAUUUAUCAAAAAUUCUAACAAGUACAACAACAAAAAGGCCUCGACAAACAAGACUUGAUGGAUCAUCGAUAAACAACAAUUUUAAUCAACCAGGAAUACAAAAAAAUGCUAAACUACAGGCACAACCAGUGAUAGCUGAGGUCUCCAAUACUUUUGAUCAAUUCGCAUUUCGUCCAAGUUCUGAUGAUUUGGAAACAACAACAACAAACAGAGCUGAAAGAUUUGAUGGAAGCAAUAAUAACUUAUUUUUGGAACCGAAUUUCCAUCAAAAUCAAAAAAGACCAAUAAGUCAACAAAAUAUUGUAAAAUUUCCAUCUGAGCCUGUAGUCUGGAAUUCAGAUGUAGAAGUCUUUAAUACACUUGAAAACAAGAAGAAUACAUCAGCUAUUAAAUUUCCUGAUGAAUUUCAUGAUUCUCGUGAAGUACAUAGUAGCAGAGUUUGGGGCUGGUCAACUCCAAGUACAGAAAGAUCUGUUAGACCAACUACAAGACGAACAACGACAACAACGACGACUGAAGUACCUGUUUUAACAGAUUGGAUGCUAGAAGCAUUGAAAAAUUCAUUGAUCUCAUCAACAACAACUCCUCCAUUCUCCAAAACUGAUGAACCUAUUUUAACCAAUUGGAUGUUAGAGGCCUUGAAAGAAACUUCUACUACAACUUCAACUCGUAGACCAUCACCACAACCACCGGUGAACGCCAUACAAUUAGUAAAAACACCAAGAUCAGCAGAUGGAGUAACAAAUCGAGAAAAUGGGAGUGAAAGACCUUCACAAGCAGCAUGUCAAAGAUAUAUCGGAAAGAAUCCAAGUGGACUUACUUAUCACAUCUUAGAUGGGCUUCCUGUUGCACCUGGUGAAUAUCCGCAUGUGGGAGGUUUAAUUUUCCCAGAAGGAGGUGGUGAUGCCGUUGAUAAUCUUUGUGGAUCAUCAUUGAUUUCGGAGAGAUAUGUUCUGACCGCUGCUCAUUGUGUUUACGAUCCACUUCGUGUACCUAUUUUUGUACGAUUCGGUGUGGUUGAAUGGAAUUCAACAGAUGAUCUUUACAAACCUUUGGACGCUGAAAUUGAGAAUAUUACACUGCACCCAGAUUAUCGUUCAAACUUCCGCUACCACGACAUUGCUUUAAUUAGGCUUCGCAACAAUGUCGAUUUCACACUUUACAUUCGUCCAGCUUGCCUUUACUCGAAUAUCAGAGAUAUCGAUUCCGGUACUCAACUUGUGGUCACUGGAUGGGGUGUUACAAAUGUCCAGACACGUGCUCGUUCUAGUAUUCUUCUAUAUACAAAUGUUACUACAGUUGCUUUAAAGGAUUGCAAUGCAUCACAUAUUGAAUUUGGUUUACCUCGUUCAUACAGAAGUGGUUUGAAUCUGGGACAAUAUUGUGCAUUCGAUCCGGAAUUCAAAAAAGAUGCUUGUCAAUCAGACUCUGGUGGUCCAUUGCAAUUGGUUCAGAACAGAGACUCAUACAUUGUUGGUGUUGUGUCAUUUGGACAUUCUUGUGCUUCGGCUAUUCCAUCGGUGUAUGUUAGAGUGGCAUAUUACUUGGACUGGAUUGAAAGUAUUGUUUGGCCAUCAUAAGGAUAUUGCUCAAAGAAGAGUAUGUACAAAUAAAUUAACUUUUAAUUUAUUUGUGCAAAAACAAAAAAAAAAAAGACUUAAACAUUUUACUUACCUCCUUUUUGUUAAUUAUUGUAGAAAAAAAAAAGAAAUGUUGUGUU